AUCUGGAAACGAAACUGAGACUCGGAGUUUCCCGAGAACACCUCUCCAGUUUGAUAGUAUCCGGACUUUGACGGUAUUUAAGGAAUUGGCAGCACGAUACAAGUGACAUAUUGUUACACAGCUGGUCAGCUUUCUAGGCACAUCUUUCCCCCCAGCAUUGAUCUCGUCUUAUUUGGAACUGUUGAACCUUUUAAAAACGACAGUGCGUGAACUCAACAUCGGCUGCACCGGCUGAUAGCUUCUUACAGAAAUGUCUUACUCUAAACCUCUGCUCAUCCCAUGGCUGCGGGAGAGGAUCAACAGUGAAAGGUAUCCCGGUGUCCAAUGGACUAACCCGGAGCAAACAGAGUUCUCUAUCCCCUGGAAACAUGCGUUGAGACAGGACUCCUCUGACACUGAUAUUCUUAUCUUUAAGGCCUGGGCAGAGGUGAGUGGAAACGGCCGAGCUCAGGGAGACGCCUCAGUGUGGAAGAGGAACUUCCGCAGCGCCCUUCGAGCCAAGAAAUUCAAACUGGUUUCUGACAACAAGAAUGACGCAGCGCACCCCCAUAAAGUUUUUGGCUGGCCGAACAAGUCAGCACCAGGAGGUAACUCUUCUGCUGGAUCCCAGGAACAGGAUGACCCUGAUUUACUUGAGGAGUGCCCCCUUCCCAUACAAGAAAGCCAGGUUGUCCCAUGCUUAGAUGACUUUAUCUUUCGUCAAAACGAAAAUGCGCUUUCUGACUCCGCUGGGCACAACGAUAUUCUCCAGGAGUGUCUACAGGCAUUGAAAAUUGACCCUGAAACAGAGGGCUUUGAGCCUCCUCCCGAGCAACAGCAGCUACAGAUCCCGGCUGUGAUUGGUGCACAAGCGUUUCCUGGGCAACAGCAGUAUCCAGUAACGUUUGAGGGUGCAGUAGUGGAAGCUGGGUUUCCAGAGCAACCAGCAUGUCCAAUGGAGGGAGCCGUGGGAGGGUCAUCUGACAGGGCGGAGCAGUUUCUGCAGACUAUUAUCCAGACCACGGAUGGAAACAGUUUCAGGACACAGUUCAGGAUAUUGGUGUACUACAGAGGAGUGAAAGUGUCUGAACAGCUGGUUAACAAUGAAGCUGGAUUUCGCCUCGUCUACAGGCCUGAACUCAACGGGACAGUUUUUGAUCCAGAGACAGGCCUCUCCAUCGUCUCUCUGCCAAGUCCUGGAGCCAUGCUUGACCAAACCCAAACCAGACUGACCCAGCAAAUCCUGAACAAACUGGGCGAUGGUCUGGAUGUGGGGGUGUCAGGCCCUGUGGUUUACAGCCAGAGACAAGGGGAAAUCAAAGCUUUUUGGAGCCUCUCCAAGCAUGACAGCAGCAGACAGAUCCAAGAGAUUUCUAAACUGCAACCUGUUCCGCUGUUUCAGUUCAAGGACUUUGUGCAAGGUAUAUUGGACUUCAUUGAACGUAGUGACUCUCCUCCCUGCUCCCUCUUCUUCUGCCUUGGGGAGAAGUGGCCUGACCCAGAAGGCAGGCCUUGGGUGAAGAAACUCAUUACAGUGGAGGUUGUCCUAACCUCGAUGGAGUUGCUGAAGAACCUGGCUGUUGAGGGCGGCUCCUCCUCCUUGCGGUCUGUGGAGCUGCAGAUGUCGCUCGAAGAGAUGAUGGAACUGUCGUAACACACUGGGUCAUCGUUUACCCAUUCCGCAUCCUCAAACUAUAACCACAAGAUAAGACUAUCAUUAUGGUUCUGGGUUUGCUGGUUCUGCAAACACAGGAAUCAUACUUAAGUUGCAACUUGCACCAUGUUUUUAACAUAAUUAUGGGCUCUUAAAUUUAAUGAAACAGUUAUUUUUCUACAAAAUAAUGGGACCAACCAGGGUGAUGUAACACACAUUUUAUGCCAUUAGAGGCUUUAUUAGUGCCAACGUACCAUGCUGCCUACUGCAGCAGAGACAAGCAGCUACAUAAAAGAAGAGCUGUCACUCAACUCAAGAGGUAAACAGAAAAACAGCAUUACCUUGAAACUGCAGACAAAUGCUAUUCAGAGGUUGUCAGUCAUCAUGGCCAUCGUUUUAUUGUAUGUUUCCUUACAGCUAUCAUGCAGUGUGAAGAAAUAAAGUUGGUACUAAGUUAUUCAAA